AACUGCAGGUGGACCCAAAAAAAACUUCACGCUAAUCACACCGGCCCCAACGCUAAUAAGCCCGACCCCGAUCGACCAGCGCGUGCUCCUCCCCAAAAUCAUCCAGAUCAGAGUCACAAAUCGCCGGCUCGCCUUGGUGCGGUGUCCAUCGACAUCGCCGCACGCACCCAACUGGUUCCUCAUCCUCGACGCCACCGAGCUCGACAUCUUCGCGCUGCAGGGCUCCAACCAGAGAGGCUUGCAGAUGGGUGGGAAGAGGCCAAGGCAACAGGUGCCCCUAUCACGCGCCCCGACAAAAGGCCCUAGGCUGCAGGAUGAGACCCUAGCCGAGAUGAGCCAACACCAAGCGGAGGAGAAGAUCACCGUCACCAUCAACGCCAACCUAUUGAAGUGUUGUGUAUGCUUUGGUCCAUUGACGUCACCCAUUUUCCAGUGCACCAAAGGCCAUGUCUCUUGCUCAGGGUGCUGCACCGAGAGGUACGAGGACGACGAGGUCGAAUGCCUCAUGUGCCGUGAGCCAGAGACGGCUACCCGCUGCCUCGCCAUGGAGCACUUCUUGGGCGGCAUCCACGUGCCAUGCCCGUUCCAGCAGCAUGGGUGCACCGAGAUGAUCCCCUACGCGUCGGAGCAAGCCCACAAGGCGUCGUGCGCCCACGCCCCGCGCCACUGCCCCAUCUCCGGCUGCGCGGGCUACGCCGGCAAGCCCCUCCGCGAGCACAUCCGGCAAGACCACCCCGGCGUGGUCCGCACGGUCGUCUCGCCGUGCUGCCUCAGGCCACUGAGGAUGCGCGCGCACGAGCAGGCCCGCGUGGUGAGGCUCUGCAACGGCACCGGCAACGGGGACGACGGCGGCGGCGGCGGCGCGGAGUUCCUAGUUGUCGUCGGACAAUACAAGCAGCUGGGGCGCGCGCUGUCGGUGGUGCACCUCGUGGAUGAGUCCGUGGACGAGCAGGAUUUCAAGCACAGGAUCGAUGUGGUCAGCAAGGCCGGCGUCCUCUCGCUGUCCGGUGAGACCCUGGACGCCGAGCACCUGGCGGAGCCGUACGAAGCGAGCCUGUUCCUGUUCGUCCCCAAUGAGACCUGGGACUCUCCUGAGGGCAUCCGUGUGUUCAUCGAACUGGAAUGAAAGUCCCCAUUUGGAAAGCAGUGGUUUAUUUUAUUCUACUUUUUUGCAAGAACCUAGACUAUUUUCCGUUCGAUGACUUCUGCAUCCAACUUUUGCUUU